AUGGGGAAGAGAAAAGAGCGUCGCCUCGCAGCUCUCAGCAACGCCGGUCGCAGAGUCAAACUCGAUCUUUUCGCGGAACCCUCUGGAGAGUUGGGUGGCUCCACUCUACAUGGUGAUGCUGGAGGAGAUACUGAUUCUCAACAUCGUGAUGGGUUACCCAAUUCACCCUCUUCUUCAGGUCAACAACCACAGAAUCCCUUGCUGUUACUUGGGCAAUAUAGUGAUGAUGAAGGAGAUGACGGAUCAAGCGAAGGGCUUAAUCAUGCAAAUGUGCAAAGCCCCAUGCUCAAUGAAGAGGUUAAGGGUGAGCUUGAGGAAGGUUCCAAAGAUUUGGACAUCGGUGUCUCUACAGAUAUUGUUCCUCAGAAUAAUGGACAGCAAAAUGCAAUGCAAAAUUCUACUUCACUUGAUGUCGGAUACGGUGAAAGAAGUGAAAGUGGUGGUGUUAGUGGUAAUUUGGAAAAUGGAAUGGUUUCCAAAGACCAAAUUUAUGCUUCUGACAGUUUUGAUGAAGGAGUUGUGACUGAUGUUGGUUUGGGGUGGAAGAUGGUGAUGCAUGAGGAAAGCCAAAGCUAUUAUUACUGGAACACUGAAACCGGUGAAACUUCAUGGGAAGUGCCCCAGGUCUUGGCUCAUGCAGAUCAGUUGGCUAAUAAGUCAAUACCUCAUGCUUCUGUCAAUGAAAAAGCAGAGGGUGAUGCUGUUGGUGAUAGUUCCAAUGUGCUCUCAACUAUGAUGCAGGACACUCCUGCUGCUUUCACAAUUAACACUUCUUUGGAAGCCACAAUGCCUUCUCAUAAAGAGUUGUAUGGUCAUGGGUCCCAAAUGAAUGGAGGUAGUGUUGAAUGUAGAAACCAAAAUCAGGCUUCUGAUGUUAAUGGAAAUGAAUUGACAAGAGAUGAUGGACAUAUGAGUUUAUCUGAUGAUGAACAUCAUUCAUCUGUUUCAAAGAUUAGUGGUGAAAAACAGGAAGUGGACAUUGAUUUUCCUUCUCGUCUUGUGAAACAGUGUGAGAGUUUGUUAAAGAGGCUGGAAUCACUGAAAAAGUCAAAGGAAAAUUUGCAAGGGCAGGACUUCUUGUCGAAUUACAUCGUAGAGAUUGAGAUUAGGCUCUCUGAUAUUAGGUGUCUUGCUUCAUAUGGAUCAUCUUUGCUUCCUUUCUGGGUGCAUUCUGACACAAAGAUAAAAUUACUUGAAAGUUUAAUCAACGAAGAUUUACUUGAAACUGGUAAGUCUUCACAUGAUGAAGUUGAGGAUAAACAUGUCCCUGUCACUGAAGAAUUGGGUGAGCAACUGAAUGACAUGGUACAUGAUUCUGAAGUAGACCAUGAUAUGAACAAAGGGAGCCUUCUAACGUCUGAUAUUUCUAGUGGAUCUCAGGUUGAGGCUUCGGCUGUAGUUGUAGAAGAUAUCAACAAUAAAUUUUUUACCAAUGGUCAGUAUGUUGCAUUGUCUAGUUCUCCUGGUAGUCAUAUGGAAACAGGUGUAGAAAUUAAUUCAAAAGUUGAAGCAAUUAUAAAUCCUCAGGAACCAAUUCAUAAACAGGGGUAUAUCACCGGGGAAGAUUUUGAUAUGGAUGUUGAUAUGGAAGUUGAAGAUAUGAAUUCAUCAGACAAUACUAUUGUCACGGAUGUGCCUGUUGCAAAGGAUUCUGUGCAAAUAGAUCAAGUGGUUCAGUUGAAUCCACCUAUUGACUAUCAUUCUGUAUUGCUUGAGGAGGGUGAGUUUGUUGUUCCUCCCCCACCAGAUGAUGAAUGGAUUCCUCCUCCACCCCCUGAUAAUGAGCACAUACCUCCACCACCACCACCAGAUGAUGAUCAGGUGCCACCUCCACCGGGUGAUCCACUAGCACCUUCGUAUAGUAUUCUACCAUCUUAUGCAGAGACAGGGCAACCCCUUUCCUAUGCCCAAUAUACUCUAUCUUAUCCUGGUGUUGCUGUUGAAUAUUAUGGUCAGACAGCUGCUGAAGUCCCAAGCAGUAAUAUAUAUGGACAAGUUCCUAUGCCCCCUGCACAUAUUUACUAUAAUAGUGCAGUUCCUAACAUGUAUAGUGAAAAUCCCCAAGUUAUGAUCAAUCCAAUAGACACUGUUACUUAUUAUGAUGUUCAAGAUGGAGCUGAUUCAAAGUCCAUACCUGCUAUCAACAUUAACGGUUCUGGUGUUGGUGGAGCCAACUGGGUAUCUAGUGAUGCUCCGUCCACCUCAUCUAGCAUCCAUGCUCCUGCUACUGUUUCAGUUGAUGAAGGUGUCUCAUUACCUCCGGCUACUUCUGAAUCUGCUGCAGAAUAUAAUGCCUCAUCAUUAGGUUCUAAAGCCCAAACAAAAGUUGUACGCAGUAGGAAGCGAGCAGUUGCAGUUGGAUCCUCGUUAAAGUCUAAUAAAAAGGUUUCGAGUCUGGUAGACAAGUGGAAGGCAGCUAAAGAGGAGAUGCUUGAAGAAGAGGAAGAACCUGAUAGUGUGUUUGAGGUCUUAGAACGAAAGCGGCAAAGGGAAAUAGAGGAGUGGCGUGCCAAGCAGAUUGCAAGUGGAGAGGCCAAAGAUAAUGCUAAUUUUCAGCCUCUAGGUGGUGAUUGGCGAGAGAAGGUCAAACGCAAGAGAGCACAAGCAGCAAAGGAAUCUGUUGGUAAACCUCAAGAUUCUAUUCAGCAGAACCAGCAACAUCCUGAUCUGAGUGAACUCGCCAAGGGUCUCCCAAGUAAUUGGCAGGCUUACUGGGAUGAUAGCACAAAGCAGAUCUACUAUGGUAACGCCAUCACCUCGGAGACAACAUGGACUAGGCCAACAAAAUGA